AUGGCUGACGAUACCACGUUUGACCUGGACAAUGGUCCUCAUUUCAGUGGACUUUUCUUGACGUACAUGGUCGUUGCAUCAUUUUUAGCAAUUGCUUCCUUGGUUUUCUGGGCAUUGCGACAAUGGACCUGGCGCCGCUAUGGCAUAUACAUCGACGUACAAGCAAUUCAGUUCUCGCUGCUGGGUGGCCGCAUAUUCUUCGUCGGACUUCGCUACCACGGAAACAACGAGACCAUCCUCAUACAGAACGGCCACGUCACAUGGUCGUACUGGAUUCGGAGAGUCCGGCAUAUUAACAUCGGCAAGCCAACGAGCGGAAAGGACGUGCGUACAGACGAUGUGAAAGGGGCGAACGCCCAUGGCCACAGCAAAGCCGAACCUCAGCUGCCUUGUCGCGUGAACCUGGCUAUUGCAGGCUUGGAGUGGUUUGUCUACAAUCGCAGUGCGGCAUACGACAGCAUCAUUGCAGGGUUGACUACUACACCUGUAGAUAGUGGAGAGGAAUACAACAUCGCAGAGCAUGACCACCUGGACCAUGACAACAAUGGAAUGCACAAACUGCGAAAACGCCACACAAAAGAGCACGACAACGGAGAUAGUUCUAGAAAAGGGAAAUCAGAUGAGAAAGCGACUGGUCUUUCUGAAGAGCCUGAUCUUCGCUUCUCAUCGGCAGACAGCUAUGAGCAUGGCGGUGCAGACGGCGACCGAAGGAAGCCCGGAACCGAUGAUGCCGACAAAGAUGCGCUGCCGGUGGUUCUGCAACUGUUUCCUAUUCAUUUUACAUGUGACAAGGCGGCUGUUGUGAUGGGCAAUGAAAAUACGUCCGCAAUCCUGAUUGUCAAAGCCCAGUCAUUGUCUGGCGAGAUUGACGCCGUUGAGACCCAGACGCCCGAUCCCUACCGGCAACUUUUCAAGAUUCGAUUUAUACAACCUGUCAUUGAAAUGAAGGAUAAUGAUGAUUACCGCGAGGAUCAAGUCAGCAGGGCAGUGAGGGAAAAGGCGGCGAGGGAAAAGGAUAUUGCUAAAGAAUCUAGGCCGCUUCCACGGCGGUCUUUUUUCCACCACCAACGUCGUGCUGCUGUUAACCAGCUUCGCAAUAUACUUCCAUAUUUUCGGAGAUCAGUCGAAUCCUUCAAUUCAACGAGUCCCGGUUCUGCACAGGAGACUUCAGCCUCUGCCCACAUGCCAGGUUCUGGCCAUUGGCAAGGCUUGUCUAGAUAUCUUGAUGGACCUGACGGCGAUGAGAAAACGCGCUGGGCUAGUACCGAGUACGCAAUACUAAAUCCCAUUCUCGAGAGCCCGGAGGCUGUUUUCACGAUGUACUGGGACUCUGUGGGUAAAGUGACUUCUACUGCGGUCGCUGUUGAAGCCAUCCCCAGUGGCCCAGCAAAGAUAGAGGAGAAACUACUACCAAAAGAUCAUGAGCACAACAUCAACGGCUUUGAGCCCCCGCCAGCAUGGGGAAUGGCCUUGUCAGUCCGCGGGGGCAGUAUAAAUUACGGGCCCUGGGCUGAUCGGAAACGAGCCGAGCUGCAGCGUGUUUUCUUCCCAGGUUUGAGCAAAGAUGCAGAGCCAGCAAAAAAUCUUCCAGUCGGCGCCCUGCGGGUUCCAACACAAUUCAAGAUGUACGUGGAGCUGGACGAAGAGGUGACCCUGCGCGUUCCUCUCCGCGAGUCGUCAAAGAACUGGCGUUUCAAGAACAAGGAUACGAACACAAAGUUUCGUCCGGCGCGAGACAAACGCCGAGCUCGUUCACGGUUUAAAAAAUCGGAACCUGCUGGUGCCGCACCAAGUCAGCGGCCAUAUGGCUGGCUUGAUAUAAAAAUCGCUGCAAACGCCACCAUAUCGUACUCCAUGGACAUGGCGGCUAGCAGUACCGGAUUCUCCUCGAUUCUUAAUCUUGAUUUGCCGAAGGUCGAAAUCUCUAGCAGCGUCAAUCAACAGGUUCUGUGGCGGUCUGCAGGUCUACAGGUUUCUUGUGACCUAUCGACACCCUUGAAAUGGAACGAUUUGAGACAUUGGCAUUUCCACAUCUCUAGCCAUGAACUGGAGCUGUUUUUGCUUCGCGAUCACGUCUACCUGAUAACAGACCUGAUCGAUGAUUGGGGCAGCGGCCCCCCAUCUCCUUACUUGGUAUUCACACCAUUCAAGUACUCCGUUAACCUCUGUUUCCUGAACGUCAAGAUCUAUCUGAAUGUCAACGAUGCAAACAUCAUCAACAAUCCGACAAGCCUGGACGACAACGCCUUCAUCAUCAUCUCCAGUCCUCUUUUAGAAGCAGCUUUGUGUAUCCCCCUGGACCGAUAUCGACCUCCGAGUAACGCGAUUCCUUUCACUGUCCAGACUGCCUCUGCAUCUAUCGGACUCCACGUCCCAACCUGGAACACACAGACAAUGUUCUGUCCUUGCAAAGACGUGGGCCACUUGAAGGAUCUUCUUGUGGAUGGAAAGUAUCACUACUGCGCGACCACUUCGGCUGGCAACACUGAUACCCUGAUUCUCAAUGUAUCUGGCCGGGAGCCAACAUUCUGGGCACAUGGGUUCGUGGUGCGCUACUUCCUCAAGCUCAAGGACAACUACUUUGGGGACGACGUCCACUUCAAGACCUUGGAGGAAUAUCAGGACAGUCUUCUCCUGAAAGAGGCAAACCCCGAAGCUGAGCUGGCUACUCGGCCUCCCCACAAAAGUUCCAAUGACAUGGAUGUCGUCCUGAGCGUCCAUACAGAUGAUCCGAAGCUUUUCCUGCCUGCCAAUCUUUAUUCUGCUUCUCGUCAUGUUCAGCUCACGGCUGCAUAUGUCGCUGCUGAUCUGCGCUUCACAAAUUAUUACAUGGACUUGGAUUUUGUGCUGAGUCCCUUGAGCAUGUCCCAGGGCAGCGACAGUGACGAUGACAAGUAUGCGCCCGAUGCUUCUAUUGACGCCAUGCCUAACACCCAGCUCUUCAUUGAUGGAAUUCACGUGUAUGGUAACCGUCUAUUUGGCCUGCCACCUACCGAGCCAACCUAUCUCUGUAACUGGGAUAUUUCUGUUGGGGCCGUCUCCGGGGAGUGCACAACAGAUUUUCUAACGGCUCUAAUGAACGGUGGCAAGUCCUUUGGGUUCACCUUUGAUGAUGACGAAAAUGCGUUGGUAGCGUUUUCGUCCGUUGUGAUGUACGAUGUCACGUUUCUUCGCGCCAACGUCAAAUCUGUGAAGCUGUGGCUCCAUCUCGACGAGGCAGCAUUCUUGUUGUCCCUUUCAGAGGGCGUCGAUGUCAAGUACAAUGACUGGGCUCGAACUCAUUAUUCGAAGCGUGCCGACAUCUCGAUUCCAGACUUGCAAUUGUCCUGCGUCAACUUAGAGUCUGCGAUGCGCCAUAGAUCAAGACUUCAUAUACCUGUUGAGACAGAUGCUCAUUUAAAGACUGGACUUAGCAUUGCCAUCAUCAGCCGCAAGUUUGAUUUCUCAAGCGAGAGGCGAAUGCAGCAGAAGCUUUUACAACAUGAGGAUCAGCGGACUAACCGUGUUGGAUUUCUCUUGUUGCCAGCUUUCUUGGAGCAUGGAUUCGUUCCCGACAAGAUUGAACCUCCUGCGCAACCUGUACCAUUGGUGCCGCAGCCUGUCACCUCGGCUGACAUCGAGGAAGACGGAAUCUCUCUGUCAACUGAGAGCAUGGCCAACCAGUCCCAACGACGUAUGCGGCAUCAAAAAUCACGAAGCUCGUUUCUUUCGGUGUCCGCAACCAGCCAGCGCAGCGUUAUUCGGGCACAAGGCUCGAUACUGUCCUCCUCAAAGUCAAAGCAUUCGGCUCAAGAUCAGCACGAGUUUAAUCCCCUUCCGCUGAUAGAGCCGCAAGCCACUGAUCAAAGUGGACAUCUGUCAGCUUCGCAUAGGCGUGACGUUUCAUCAUCGACCCGCCAUUCUGGAUUCUACAGGGCGACCGGGGACUUUGCCGAUGGCGGAUCUCACAAAAGCCCGUGUCGGAACAUGUCAGCAUUGCACAGCCAAUUCUCUGCUCCAAAUUUUCCACUAGACGACAUCAACCCCGAUAUGAGAGAAGCGACUUUGCUGAGCCUGGAGAAAGAUGAGCAGCCCGUCUAUGGGGGUGCUGGCAGAAGGUGUAGCAGCGGAGACAGUUUUGACAGCCUACCCACUGACUUCAACUUGGGGGAUGUCGACCCAGAUAUGCUGAGUGAAGACAGGCUUCAUUCUAGUGUUUUGAUCCGAGUCCGCGAAGGUGUGAGCGCUUUCCUCAACCCAACUUCAGUGAAGCAUAUCGCCUCCUUGAUCUCUGUCCUUGAGCCUCAUGGACCUGAAGAUAUUUUGGAUGCAGUACAGAUGAGCUCGGUGGGCGACAUCGCCAGUGCCAUCAAUCAUAGAAAUAUGAAAGGGCAGAUUGCAGACUUUGCCAUUCAGCUCCCAGAGGCCCAUCUUCGCCUGCUCAACUGCUCAAAUUCGGACUCCGCCAGUUCUUCGAGAGACGAGAAAGACCAAUAUGACGUAUCUGUUUCCAGAGUCACUUUCAUGUCUCGGGCCACAACAACUUGGGACGCCACGUUCGGGCUUGAUCGUGUGAAGACGAAGAACUCGUUCCAACUCCGACUGGGCUCGCUAGGACUAUCUGCGUCAGAACGGUUUGCCGAUAUGACGGGAUCCCAAGCUGCAUUCACGGCAGAGCUUUCAGACGUGCUGAUUUCUCUAGGCAACAGAGAUCUUACUUAUCUCGACGCAGAUGUCGGUGCUAUAGAAGCGCAACUGAGCUCGGAGAGAAUCGGAUAUAUCGCAUCUCUGGUCGACCGGACCGGCGCUCUCACUGCUACCAUUGCAGAAUACUUUUCAGGCCCCCUCUCUUACGGUGAUCGAGUCCGUCCCCUCCUGGCACGGCGAUUGAUUGCCGCUGGCAAGGGGGUUCCCGACCCGAGCUUUCUCGUUCGACCCUCUGCAGUUCUUCGCUCGGCCAACGAACACUUGCGAACUUUCGACUCGUGGAAGUUAGCGGUGCGGCUCCGGCAGAUCUGGUCUUUAAUGAAACAUACCGACAAGGUUCAGUUGAUCCGCGACUGUAUCGGCUGCGAAGAAUCUCCGUCGAGUGGAGGACCAUGCUCAUCAGAAUCUGCUCCGACCAGCAUUCACGAUGUUCUCUCUAGCCUUGAUCGAUGGAGAGGCUGGGAUUUGACCGAUGUUGGCCGGUCGAUUCUGCUGCGAAAGCUGUUCGGUGACCUCGCAGGAAACCCAAGCAAAGCUGCCAAGACCCAGCCAGUCCCACUGCCUUUCAUGGCUGUCACCAGGUUGCAAAGACUACAGAUGAUAUUGGAUCCAGGGCUGAAACAGAACGAAAUACAAUUCCUAGACCUCACAGUCAGAUUCGAAAACAAUGCACCGACGUCGGUUGGGUCAGCUACGGGAAUUCCCACUCUUGUGGCUGGCAAGGCAAGCUCUAAGUCGAUCUCCGUACUCAACAUCUACUGUGCAGAUUCUGCAAUCAGACUGAACUGGGAGAUCUGCGAGCUUGUCGAAGACAUCUUGAAGCUUUAUAAUUUGAGGAUGCAAGAGAUGGAUCAGCUGUUUGCCAGCAAGACCAAAGCCAAAUCCAGAGGCAAAAAUGACUUGACGAAGAAUCCGGCGUCUGCUCCCGCGUCAAACGAGCAGACAUUCCACAUUGUGCUUGCCAUGGACCGCGCUGCUAUCAUUUUGGACACGAUCAAUCUUAACAUCCGUAUGUUCAGCGGGGAUCUCAAGGCGUCUCUGCUUCUUCGACAGAACAGGCUGGGAGCAAUGGACACAAACGUCGUCAUGAGCGGGGAUUCCAUCACUUCCCGGAUUAAGAGCCAUUCGGAGCUGUUGAUGUCUUCCGAAUGGCGCGGCCCUAGCAUUUUUGUUUCCUAUGACACGCCAACAACAAACGGCAAAUGCACCCCUGCUUUCAAAGCUACGGCUAGCAGCCGAGACUUUUUCCUUGAUGUGAUGCAGGACCCGAUCGUCUUGAUGGAAAUCCUAGAUCUGCUCGUGAGAGACGAGUUUGCGCAGAUUUACCGGUUGAAGGCACAGCUCCCAGUGGUAGCAGCAGCAGCAGAUGCUCGUACCGAGGCAUUGGUUUCUGAUGCCAAGACAAGCAUGACGGACCGCUUCCCGACAUUCUAUGUAAAGAUAGCGCUCUUUUUGGAUCACUACGUGAUCAGCUUGCCGCUUCUGCGUUCCCUGACGUACAUCAUAUCUGGUGUUGUGGCCAGAGUGUCUACAACGGCCGACUUUGGCAGAGAGUUUAUCUUUGAUUUCGACGUCAAAGAGAACUCCCAUGAUAUGCAGGUCUCUGUCAAUAAUGCGCCGCGCAGCGUUUCAUUGCUUCAAAUCCCUCCUACCAACGGGCGCAUAACGACACAGAUAAGUGACGUGGAGCAGAUAAUCACGGUGUUUUCGUCUUUGGAGCUGGUGCAGCUGGAUGCCUCCGCCGUCUACAGUCUGCUUUCGGCUCUGAAUCGCCCAGAGAUCUCCAACACGGUCACGGACAUGCAGCAGCAACUGAAGAUAAUUCAAAAUCACCUAACAGAGAUUCUCAGGACUGACGAGCAGCCCGUGCAAGUUAACUCUCGCAGGUCAUCAGCUAGCAAGACGCAUCGCCAGCUUAUAUACUCUGUGCAUUCAACAUUUGCCGGCCUGGAAAUCUUUGGAAACAGUCCGCUGAAAACCGAUGUAGCACCUCUAGCUCAUCUCUCAUUCUGUCUGGACAGUGUGAAGCUGGAAGUGUCCAAUCGACUUGAAAACGGCGGUCCGGUCCUGCCGUACCCCGAGCUCUAUAUCAACCUUCGUCGCAUCGCAUUUGAAAUUAUGAAGGGGACUGAGGAGUCCAUGUCGUCCUGUGGAAGCGUCGUGUUUGCAGCUCUGAUAACCGCAACGUCCAGGCUGAUGGAUGAUGGCACAGAACGGCGGUCCCUUGCUGUGAAGAGCGAUGGAUUCGAUGCCAGUUUUUCUCCAGAAACCGUUUCGACGGUGGUAGACGUGCUCGGCUACAUGGGAGACAAAAUCAAAGAUCUUGACACGUCGCGGGAGAUUGAAUAUCUCCGCAAGCUGAGACAAUCGAAGCCUCGAAUUACAAUCAAUGCCCAGGAAGAGCCCGAGGAGGGAGUCGAGCCGGAUAUCAUCGACGCGUUCCUUUCAUCAAUGGCUUACUCCUUUGAAGUCAAGAACAUUCAGGUCAAUUGGCUUUGUGCACUGACUGCUAUCGAGAGACCUUUGCCGGCAUACUUCAACGGUGCAAAGAAAUGCUUGUCACCGUCUGCCGCCGGAAAGGAGGACCUGGUGCUGCUACUGGGACGUAUUGAACUGGGCACUCGGAACAGGAAUUCGGCACGGCUGACAAUCGAGAAUUUCCAACUACAAAUGGUUCCCCCGACACAAGAUAAGCGAGCUCGGUCUCCCAUCUCAGCGCUUCUUCCCGAGGUUAUCUUCAGCGUUGCAUAUUUCUCUACCCAUAAAACUCGUCGAUUUGCAUUCCAAGCCAUCGGAAAAUCGCUUGACGUACGGCUUUCUUCCGAGUUCAUCGUCCCGGUAACCCAUCUGAAGGAAUCCAUCCAGCUCUCGAUCAAGAACGUGAGACAGGCAUCGCACCAGUGGAAGCCAGCAGCAUCGCCGAAUGGGGCCUCAUUUCCCGUGAAGCGGGCCGAAGCCCCAAAGCAGCCAGCCACCAGCGGCAAGAGGCUGGAAUCGUUUCUGGUUGAUAUGGAUUUCGCCGGUGCUGUGGUUCACAUUAGUGGAAAGAAGCAUGGCAAUUAUCUGCCUUCGCAUUUUGCGCAUGCUUCGCCUGAAGAUGCCAGUAGGUCUCGAACAUCGCGUCGACCUUCUGUUGCCGGAAAAUAUGGCCAAUUCAAUCCAGACGAGUCUGGCGGCAGCACGGUGUUGCGCUCUCCUGGCCUUGUAUGGAAGGCAAGAUAUCAGGACAACGGCCGGGAAGAUCCUUCGCUAUACGCCGAAGUCCGUGUUGACGCUUCAAGCAAUGUCCUCUACCCGUCUGUUGUACCGUUGGCGAUGGAUAUGACUGCGAGCAUAAAGGAGGUCGUCAAAAACUCGGACAGUGCAAGAUUUCGACUAGACGAACAGGAGGAAGUUGACAAGCAAGGUGGGCCUGUGGAGUCCCCUGACGAACCCCCAGUGAUCAAAAAAGCGGAGCAGGAGGAGAGCAUUCUGUCGUCAGCGGCCAACCGCAAAUCGAUGCUUGGGCGUCUGAAGUUGAACCUCGGCCUCCGAGUUUGCAGACAGCAAUUUUCGCUCAGCUGUCAGCCGAUUGCACGCGUCGCUGCUACGGCAAGUUUCGACGACUUCUACCUCACUGCAAACACGGUCCAGUCAGCAGAGCAGGGCACGUUUUUCGCAGUCUCUGGGAAUCUCAGCGGCCUCCGCGCUUCAGUGCAGCAUGUCUACUCGCGCGAGUCGACAGGCAGCUUUGAGGUCCAGUCCAUGGUUCUCUCUCUCAUGAACAGCAGACACGUCAGUGGUGUUAAGGGCAUGUCAGCAUUGUUGAAAGUCAGCCCGAUGAAGGUUUCCAUAAAUGCAAAACAGCUACAGGAUUUCCUGCUCUUCCGGGAGAUCUGGACAACGCGCGACCUCCGCAAUGUCCACGUUGCUCCAGAUGUGGCCGAGCGGUUGCCCGAGACCGCCUCCCUGUCUUCCAGCUCCCAACAGCAGACUCAUCUGGUGCAGCGCUACCAGCAGGUGGCGGCCACUGCGGCAUUCCCGUGGACAGCAACGCUUGCCAUCUCUGCGCUGGAGAUCAAUGUCGAUCUAGGACAGGCUUUGGGCAAAUCGGUCUUUUCCAUUUCGAAUCUGUGGGUAUCCUCAAAGAAGACGUCUGAUUGGGAGCAAAACCUCUGUCUAGGCAUUGAGAAAGUCAACGUCGAGAACACAGGAAGAAUGAGCGGGUUUGUCUCUCUGGACGACCUAAAGCUGCGGACAUCGAUCGAAUGGCCGGCCCGAGUACAGGCCCUCAACGAGACACCACUAGUUCAGGCAUCUGUGAAUAUCAGCCAGCUACGGUUGAAGGUGUCCUUUGAUUAUCAGGCCUUCCUAGUGGCGGACAUUACAAAACUGGAAUUCCUCAUGUACAAUGUGCGCCGGCGCAAAAUGGGCAGAGGAGACCGCCUUGUGGCGAUCUUUGACUGCGACUCUGUUCAGGUAGUCGGCACGACAGCAUCGGCGGCUCAAGGCGUGGCACUGUACCAGGCAAUCCUGCGGCUGGUCCAAGAACGCAAGGCCAACUUCGAGGCUUCGCUGCGGGAGAUCGAAAGGUUCAUUCGAAGACGGUCAUCAGCACCACUAGUAUCUGCUGCUCUAGCAGAGAUGGGAGAUGCGAACAAGCUAGCUCCCUCGACGUCCGUGGAGCUUGACUCUUCAAAAGAAAGCAUCCCACUAGGAAUCACGGCUGAGGACCACAGCAGCGACGAUAUCAUGACCAAAUCGCCCAUAUCUUUGGACACAGAUGUGGUCGUGACACUCAAAACACUGAAUUUGGGCGUUUUCCCAAACUCAUUCACUGAACACCAGGUGCUCAAGAUGGAGGCGAUGAAUGCGCAGGCGCGGUUCACAGCAAACAUGGAAAACAAGCGGAUCCACAGCAAUCUCGGUCUGACUCUGGGACAGCUACGCAUUGGGCUCGCCGGCGUGCGUCAUAUACAUACGACGACAAGGCAGCCCGACGGACCACCAAAAACAGUCAAUGACCUGUCAGUCGAGGAUGUGGUGCUGAGUGUGACGGGAUCGCGAGGCGGAACGAUUCUGAAGGUGCCUCGCGUCGAAGCCGGCAUGCAGACCUGGCAGAGUCCAAACUCGCGCCAGAUCGACUACAUCUUCAAGUCUGCUCUGGAAGGAAAGGUGGAAGUGGGCUGGAACUACUCGCGGAUCAGCUACAUCCGAGGCAUGUGGGCUAACCACUCGCGGGCUCUGGAGCAGACAUGUGGCCGCGAACUGCCGCUGACGGCCAUCAGGCUUACGGGCGUGAUGGACAACACUGAUGCUGGUGUCGGUAAGGGGAAGAAGGGAGGCGAAGCGGAACAGCAGGCCAAGAUCACGGCAGAGGUCACGAUGCCGCAGUCCAAGUACGAUUACAGAGCGCUGGAGCCAGCAGUCAUCGAGACGCCCCAACUGCGCGACAUGGGCGAGGCGACACCUCCACUUGAAUGGAUAGGCCUGCAUCGCGAUCGGCUGCCGAACCUGACGCAUCAAAUCGUGAUAGUGUCAUUGUUGGAGCUGGCCGGCGAGGUGGAGGAUGCGUAUGCUCGAAUUUUGGGGUCGCACUGA